GCUGGGGAACCAGCAAUGGAGAUUCUUGAAAAAAGGAUAGUACAGAAUGGAGCAAUAUCUUUCUCCAGGGGGGCAGAAGCCUUUGAGAAUGAGAAGCAAGAAUAUGGGGAAAUUGAGUCUGGUAAUCUGGAGGGAACAGAGGGUCAGCACCCAAGUGUUUCUAGCUCUGGAAAGGGCGAAGAUUUUGAAUGUGGAACAAAUGAUGCAGAAGUCAACAUUGAUUCCGAAUCCAAACCUGUAGUUCAUGAAGAAACUGUGGUGAUGAGCACUGAUGUUUCAGAUACGGUGAAGCCACUGAACUUCGAUGAAUUUAAUUCAGCAGCAGAGUUGGAGGUUCUCGGUAUGGAAAGGUUAAAAUCGGAGCUGCAAUCACGUGGGUUGAAAUGCGGGGGUACAUUGCAGGAGCGUGCUGCCAGGCUCUUCCUUCUCAAAACCACACCUUUGGAGAAGCUUCCAAAAAAGCUGCUUGCUAAGAAAUGAGAUAUCACAUCCCUCUGAUAACUUUGUUUUUGUUGUGGGUGAAUUUGUACCUUGUGAUGUCCAUUUUGAAGUCUCUUUACUCCUUUUUUGAUUGGUCAUGUAGUUUAUGUAUGCCUUGAUGUUCAUGUUGGGAACCCAGGGGAAGCAAUCCGAUGGGGUUCCUCUGUACUAAAACAUUCCCUCACGUUCUUUUGACAAUAAUGGAUGUAUCAUUGCUUAUUAUCACUACAUCUUGAUAUUUUCUGCU